CACACCAUGAGGCUGUCUAGAAGACACGGGGCCUUUCUGCUGGCUUUCACACUGCUCUGCACCCUCUUGGGUCUUGGGUGCCCUCUAAUCUGUGAGGUGUGCAAAGGCUCGGGGCACACUUGCAGCGGGAAAAUGAAGACCUGUGAAGCCGGCAAAGACGCAUGCGUGGUUCUCGUGGGCGAGUCCAGCACAAAAGGCCGGAAGUCAGUGAGCACCUUCAAAGCCUGCAUGAAGUUCAAAGACUGCUACUCAGGCUUCGUGUCCACCACCAUGAGUCCCAAUGACUACAUGGUAUCCAACGCCCACUGCUGCCAGAGCGACAGCUGCAACAGCGGCUCGGUGCCCCCUCCCCAGAACAAUCGAACGGAGAACGGCCUGAUGUGCCCCUCCUGCAUUGCGCCCUUCCAAGAGACGUGUCCAGGAACCCAGGCAGCCCGUUGCGUGGGCCCGGAAACACACUGCAUCUAUUUUGCUGGCAAUGUGCAGGCUGGGAUCAUCAACACAAAAUUUGCCACAAGGGGCUGCGCUACGAAGAGCGCCUGCCAUACCAAGACUGGAGCGGAAGUGCCUUCGGCCUCCUACCUCUAUUUCCUGCGCCGGGCGGACUGCCUUCCAGCCCCCUACCCCCCUGGCAGGGGUGAGUGAAGAACUAAGGAGUAUGUGCCUCGAGGUCCCCAUUUGUCCUCAGCCUACAGCUCUCCAGGCGCCUGUGAAUUAAAACAGAUGAACAGAGCAAAC